AUGCUGAACCGCCAUGACCCUCGUCAAUGGCAUUUUUAUCAGCCGGGGUUUGGGACGCAUACCACCUCGAUCUGGCAAGCCAGUAAAGCCAGCACUAAUCGCCUGAAGAGAUGGUUUACGAAUAUGAAGGACUCCGCGGCAGGCACGACAUUUGAAGAACAUGUCAUUGACGGUUAUAGAUUUCUCAUGCGCUUUUACAGCCCCGGAGAUGCUAUAUACAUAUUUGGUUUUAGCCGUGGAGCGUAUGUUGCUCGCAUGCUUGCGGAAAUGAUAGACCACGUUGGCCUGCUAGAGCCAGGAAAUGAAGGGAAAGUGCGCUACGUCUGGACGACCUUCUCGAAAUGGGCAAAAUGUACCAACAGCAUCGAUACUGGCCAGACCGAAAAAGAUGAGUUAUAUAAGUACAUGAAAGCCUUACGAGAGACUUUCUGUCGUCCGGUAUCGCAGAUUCGCUUUCUCGGAUUAUUUGACACCGUCAACAGCAUUCCACGGUUUGAGGUAAAUCGCAAUAAAUUCCUGUUUCCGUUCACGGCCAAAACCUCGGCUAGGGUAAUUCGGCAUGCAGUUUCUAUCGAUGAGCAUCGUGCCAAGUUUCGACAGGAUCUGAUUUCGGAUUGCAAUCCUAACAGGCCGUCGACGCGGCGCAAGAAGCAGGACCUGCCAGAACAACAGGGUCGUUGCACAGGCGAGGCGUUCUAUCGACCAGCCCCCGCUAAUGCGCCUUCCGAAGCUAAGGAUGGUCUCCGUGACGAAAGCCAGAACAUGUGUCAGGGUCAGGACAUCGAGGAGGUGUGGUUCGCCGGAUGCCAUUCGGAUAUUGGUGGCGGAUUAAAAAUGGAUGACGAUGAAGUCAUAGCACUGAGCCAUGUGCCAUUAGUGUGGAUGGUACAGGAGGCGCAGCGUGCGGGGCUUCAAUUCGAUCGCGAAAAGAUGAAGCUCUUUCAUUGCCUCGAUGACCCAGCUGGCUAUAGAAAUCUUCCGGGUCAUCCGGAGUCAAGCACCGGGGUUCAAAUAAAUGGAGAUUACGCAGGUGAGAAAGGGAACGAAUUCGACUUCAAAUCCGCACUCCGAAGGGCAACUACAACCGGACAUGUACAUGACUUCCUACAUUAUGGCCAAGGUGUGUCGUGGCCGACCGCUUUAACGUGGAAAGUAGUGGAGUAUCUUCCGUUUCGAAGAUUGGCAUUGCAACCCGAUGGAUCUUGGAAACCCGUUCGGUGGCCUCUCCCUCUUGGGGAGAAACGUGACCUUCCAAAGGGAGCUAAAGUUCAUGGCUCAGUCAUUCGCCGCAUGAAGGCCAAUCAAGACUACAGGCCGGAAAAUCUACUCAGAGACGGAAAGGGGAAGAAUAAGCGACCUUUGGAGAGUGGAAUCGGCGCGUGGGAGGUGCAUGCCUAUGAGGGCUGUCCAGUGCGAGAGACAUACCGCCGAAAGUCGAGCGAAACUGUCUAG